CAUCUUGUCAAGCAAAAAGAGAAAAUUUGCAGGUUCGUGGAAAUUUCAUUAAAUUGCGAUUUUAUCGUUGUUUUUGGGCGUUAAAAUCAACUGAACUGUGAUUUGCACCUAGAUUCCAUUAGAAGUGUUUUUUCUUAGCAACAACAAUGGCCCCCGACAAGAAGCAAAAAGGCCGCAACAAGAAGAUCACGCUGGUUCAGAGCAGCAAGAAGGAUGAAAAGCCAGCGAACGGAGCGGCCAAUGGAUCGGCGGUUGAAAUGACCGAGGAAGAGGCACUUUGUGCCAAGCUCGACGAGGAGGCAAGAGCCAAUGCAGAGGCGAGAUCGUGCACCGGUUCGUUAGCGGUGCAUCCCCGGUCCCGCGAUAUCAAGAUUGCCAACUUUUCGAUCACUUUCUACGGUUGUGAGAUGUUGCAAGACACGAUGCUGGAGUUGAACUGUGGCCGACGCUACGGUCUUCUCGGAUCCAAUGGAUGCGGCAAAUCUUCUCUUUUGGCAGUGCUUGGUAAUCGUGAGGUCCCAAUUCCGGAUCACAUCGAUAUUUUCCAUCUGACUCGUGAAAUUCCGGCCAGCUCCAAGAGCGCCCUCCAGUGCGUUAUGGAAGUCGACGAAGAACGUAUCAAGCUGGAGAAAAUGGCUGACGAAUUGAUCGAUCAGGAAGACGAUGAGUCCCAGGAACGGCUGAUGGAUAUCUACGAUCGUUUGGAUGAAAUGUCGGCUGACCAGGCAGAGGCAAAGGCAUCCCGUAUUCUCCACGGUCUUGGCUUUGACAAACAGAUGCAACAGAAGGCAGCCAAAGACUUUUCCGGAGGAUGGCGUAUGCGAAUUGCACUUGCCAGAGCGCUUUUUGUGAAGCCUCAUCUUCUCCUUUUGGACGAACCGACCAAUCAUCUCGAUUUGGACGCUUGCGUAUGGUUGGAAGAAGAACUUAAAACAUACAAACGCAUUCUCGUGAUAAUUUCUCACUCGCAAGAUUUCCUCAACGGAGUCUGUACCAACAUUGUCCACAUGACGCAGAAACGACUCAAAUACUACACGGGUAACUAUGAGCAGUUCGUCAAGACUCGUAUGGAAUUGUUGGAAAACCAAAUGAAACAAUACAACUGGGAACAGGAUCAGAUCGCCCAUAUGAAGAACUAUAUUGCACGAUUUGGUCACGGUUCGGCCAAGUUGGCUCGUCAGGCACAGUCCAAGGAAAAGACCCUAGCAAAAAUGAUGGCCCAAGGUUUAACCGAGAAGGCCACAGACGAAAAGCAGCUCAACUUCUGCUUCCCGUCCUGUGGAACGAUUCCUCCGCCGGUGAUUAUGGUGCAGAACGUUAGCUUUCGCUAUAACGAAAAAACGCCUUACAUCUACAAAAACCUUGAGUUCGGUAUCGAUUUGGACACCAGGUUAGCCCUUGUCGGCCCCAACGGAGCGGGCAAGAGUACCCUGCUGAAACUUCUCUACGGAGACUUAGUGCCUACAGCGGGAAUGAUUCGCAAAAAUUCCCAUCUGCGCAUUGCCAGAUACCAUCAGCACCUGCACGAAUUGCUUGACAUGGACAUGAGUCCGCUAGACUACAUGUUGAAAUCCUUCCCGGAGGUGGUCGAACGGGAAGAGAUGCGUAAAAUUAUCGGUCGCUACGGUUUGACCGGAAGACAACAGGUUUGCCCCAUCCGGCAGCUAUCCGAUGGCCAACGGUGUCGGGUGGUGUUUGCCUAUCUAGCCUGGAAGAAACCUCACCUGCUACUACUUGAUGAACCUACCAAUCACUUGGACAUGGAAACGAUCGAUGCGCUGGCCGAGGCCAUUAACGACUUCGAGGGUGGCUUGGUGCUAGUUAGUCACGAUUUCCGACUUAUCAAUCAGGUUGCAAACGAAAUUUGGAUUUGCGAGCAUGGAACCGUCACCAAGUGGAAGGGUAACAUUCUGGACUACAAGGAACAUUUGAAGAAAAACAUAGUCAGAGACUAAGUAAGAAGGCGUCCCGUGAUCAAACCAAUAUAGUAACCGAAUAAAAAAAAUAAUACAAUUAAACAGCAUAACAAUAUUCUAACUUAUAACGCUAUAGACAAACAAAUCUGCAUCUGCAAAGCACUAAAAGUAUUUAGCCAAAAACAGAAAAAUAGUGAUAAUCAAACAUUAAAUUGAUCCACCCAAAUUCCAACUCAAACAAAGCCUAUACUUACUAGAAAAACACCUCCUCUACUUAGCUCAAAUGAUUAGUAUAGGAAGCGUAAGAAACGUGCUCUAGGAUCUGUAUAAAAAGAAAACUCUUGUUGAAAGUAUCUUAUCAGUAUGUAUUGAAUCACAAUUUAUCUUAACAACUUGGACGCAACAUUAAACAUUAAACUCUGUUCUUUAUUUAUUUGAAUCAAAACGUGGACUGAUAUUGGCUGACAAAAGGUAUCAGAAAGCGAAUUCCCAUCGGUAAGAAGCAGCAGUAGGUUAGGCGAAAUGAUAGGUCAGUGUAGCACCGUAUUUUACGACGAGCAAAAUUUUUCCUUCAUAGACGAAGCAAAUUGCGUUGGUUUCUUUUUGCAUUUCUGUUUAUUCCAAAUCUACAACGGGGAAAAAAUCAAUAAAACUGAAGUAUGCAUGCAUAGCCUCACACCAUCUAGGCAAAA